GGAAUAAAGGAAACGCGGAUCAUCAUCAUCAUCAUCACGUAAUGAAGCUUCCUCCGCCACCGGGGCAAUCGAUGCCUAGCAGUGAUUUCAGCACUGUGUUCUCCGGUGGGGCAUUAAACGCCAACGCUAGUCCUCUGUCACCGAACAUGGGGGCCUUUGGCGGUCUAAACACGAGCAGCUUCAACUAUGAGGAGCUGGUAGCGGCUACGAACGGGUUCUCUCAGGCGAACCUACUCGGUCAAGGAGGUUUUGGGUACGUGCACAAGGGAGUGCUGCCCAAUGGGAAGGUAGUGGCUGUGAAGAGCCUUAAGAGUGGCAGCGGACAGGGAGAAAGAGAGUUCCAAGCAGAGGUAGAGAUCAUCAGCCGCGUCCACCACCGCCACCUUGUAUCCCUCGUCGGUUACUGCAUCACCGAUGGACAACGGAUGUUGGUCUAUGAGUUUGUUUCAAACAAUACCUUAGAGUAUCAUCUUCACGGAAAUGAUCUGCCCACAAUGGAGUGGGGAUCCAGGAUGCGGAUUGCUUUGGGGUCAGCCAAAGGCCUUGCUUACCUUCAUGAAGAUUGCCAUCCUCGGAUUAUCCACCGUGACAUUAAGGCAGCCAACAUUCUCCUCGAUGACAACUUUGAAGCAAUGGUGGCGGAUUUCGGAUUGGCUAAGCUCACUACUGAUAACUUCACUCACGUUUCAACUCGUGUGAUGGGUACUUUCGGAUACUUGGCUCCUGAGUAUGCUUCGAGUGGCAAGCUAAGUGAUAAGUCUGAUGUCUUCUCAUUUGGGGUGAUGCUUUUGGAACUGAUUACAGGGAAGCGACCUGUUGAUCCUACCAGUAGAUUAAUGGAAGACAGUUUGGUCGAUUGGGCUAGGCCACUUCUUUCUAAAGCUUUAGAUGAUGGAAACUACGAUGACCUCGCGGAUCCUCGACUCGAGGGAAACUUUGAUCGCAACGAGAUGGCGCGUAUUGCGGCGUGUACCUCUACGAGCAUUCGUCACUCUGCUCGCAGACGCCCCAAGAUGAGCCAGGUGGUGCGUGCUUUAGAAGGGUCGUCAUCCUUGGACGAUCUAAUUGACGGGCCCAAGGCUAUGAGCCAAACCUCUCGCGGAUCAAGUAGUGUGACCGAGAGCUCGAUGUAUGACACGGGGGCUUACAACGCGGACAUGAUGAAGUUUAGGAAGAUGAUCCUCAUGGACGAGAGCAAAGAGUACACGAGCGAUGAUCAAUAAAAGGCUUGAUUUUCAACUACACAAUUAUUAAUGGCAUGGCACCCAAGCCACCAUGCAUUCAUUGCAUGCUAUAUAUAUCAUCAAUGGCCUGUUUUUUUGGCCUAGACACAUAU